AUAUCUAGGUCUAAGGUUGUUCAUUAAAUCUCAUUAACCAGUAAUUGUAUCUAGUAUUCGGUUCGAUAAAGCCGCAUACAAUGGCCUAUGAUAUUACUCUAAAAUGUUUAUUCGCCAUACACUUCUUUUUACUAUUUUCAGCGGAAGAGGUUCGAGCAAAAGUUUCUACUGUCAUUGCUUUUGGAGACUCAACAAUUGACGCGGGCAACAAUAACCUGAACCUAGCUAUCUUUAAAUGUAAUUUCAAGCCAUAUGGUCAAAACUUCAAAGGUGGCAAACCCACCGGUCGUUGGUCUAAUGGCAGAGUGUUUACCGAUUUCAUAUCUAAUGCUUUGGGUAUCAAGUCGUCGAUACCGACUUAUUUGGAUGCAGAUUCUGGUGUAGAAGACUUCGCCACUGGUGUCACCUUUGGCUCUGGUGGAGCGGGAUAUGAUAACCUAACUUCAACACUAGUAGAUUCGAGGAAGUAAAAGCUGGAUGUUGUGGGACGGGAAAAUUUGAGAUAGACCAACUGUGUACGCUGGCAAUGGCAUUGUUAUGUAAAGAUCCUACUAAAUACAUGUAUUGGGAUGCAAUACACUUAACAGAUAUGACAAAUGGUUUACUUGCCGAUAGAUUAUUGAAGACAAGCCUAGCUGAAUUAAUCUGAAUCAGGCGACCAUUAAAUGAUGUAUUUUAUAAUCAACACUUAUUUAUAUAAAAUAUAAA